ACCGCCGGAGUUUAACUCGUAUUAUUUCCCCGUUGAGUUACCAUGUCCAGAACAGAUCUUCUAAGAUCGUUCGUCAUCGAGCGACUAACAGCAGCAGCUGAGGAGAUAGUAGGAGCUUUCGAGAGGACGAUAGCGGAGUAUGAGGAAGAGAGAGAGCGACAGAGGAGACUGCUGGACAUGGUCUUGAAGCCCGGUAUUACCAUACACAGAAUAGAUGCAACAACAUCUGCCACCUUGGAGGAGCCAGCCAGCUUGGAAGGAAGUUCGGCACUGACUGCCGCACCAGAAUCACCAGUUCGGGCACCAACUGCCUGGGUACUAAUCCAAAAACUGAAAAACAAAAUCCUCGUUCUAGAAAAGGAAAACAAGAUGCUUAAGGACGAGCGGGACUUCCUGCGCCAGGCCCUCAUUUCAGCCCAGCCUGCGCCAGCCCCUGGAUCCACAGUGCUGCAUCACACAGCCAAAGUCCAGCCUUUGAAGGCCAAGGAAAAGCGAAGAAGAAGAGAGGAAUCAGAAUCUACUGAAGGGUCUGAAUCAGACCUGGGGUGCUCUUCUGACUCCUCGGACUCCAAAGAGGGCAAGAAGAAGAAAAAGAAGAGUAGGAAGAGUAGCAGCCCUGACAAAGGGCAGUUUGGAAGGCGAGUGACGACACCAAAUGAGGUGACCAAUCGUUAUAAGGCUGUGUUCAGCCAUUACCAGCGGCAUCUUUCGUUCACCAUGGCAUGUAACAAGUUGUCCGUGAGCAAGGAAACCAUCAAAAUGACCGCCAUUAUUGCAGAGGUGGAUAUGUUUGUUCCCUUGGACAAAAAGCCUCCAUACAAAAAUGGUGAGCCAUUGGCAGGUUACGCCAAAACCUGCAAAGCCUUCCUGGAGCAGAACCAGGACAUUGCACAGGACCUGGAGGCCCGCCGGAAGAGAAAGGAGCUCCUGCCUUUAAAAUACAAAUUCAACAAGUAAUUGGCGUAAGGUUGGUGUAUUCCCUUUUACAAGUG